AAUUAAGAAACCGGCUGCUGUAAACACCAAAAACCAGAGAGAGAGAGAGAGAGAGAGAGGAGAGAGAGAGAGUGCUGCUGAUCAAAUUUUCUGCUCAAUAGAAUUUACACGCAGGAAGCGUCUCUGAAAAGCAUAAGAUUGUUGCUGUUGGCGAAAUCGAAGCUUUCAGAAACCCAGUUGGGUUUGUUUAAUUUUGUAAAUUCGUUUUUAAUUUGGGAAAUUUGGAAGAUUUUGAAUUUUGGGAUUUAGGGUUAUUGAUUUCUGAGGGUGGUUGUGUGAUCGGUGAGAAUUUGAUUGAUUUGGGAUUUUGGGUUGUGUUGAAUGGGUCGUGGUUUGAUUAGUAGUUGUAGAUUUUGAGAGAGGGGGAGAGAUUUGUGGAUGAUUUCUGUGCGGACUAGGGAUGCAAGGGAGGGGGUAGAAUUAGGGUUUGGUGGUCGGAGAGAGAUGGAGGAUACUGAGCUUGAAGAAGGCGAAGCUUGCUCUUCACACAUCAAUGAAUACGAUUCCAACAUCGAUGCUCUCUCUUACAUCGAUGAUAGAAUUCAGGAUGUUUUGGGACACUUCCAGAAAGAAUUUGAAGGUGAGGUAUCUGCGGAGAAUUUGGGGGCAAAGUGGGGUGGGUAUGGCUCUUUUUUACCGUCCUAUCAGCGGUCUCCAGUGUGGUCUCAUCCGAAGACUCCACAAAAAGUUCACAACUACAGCUUACUCAAAUCUCCCAACAAUUUGAAACUUGAGUCUGGUCAACGUAACAAUGCAGUUUGUUAUAAUACACCUCAGUCAGUGGGAGUAGGACCUGCUUCUACUGGUUCCACUUCGCUUGUUGUACCAAAGGCACCCUCAUUAGUUCAACCUGACCAGUACGCUCCUCGGCAUGAAUCUGCAAACAAGAAAGCUAUCAAUUCAUCAGACCAGAAAACAUUGAAGGUGCGAAUUAAAGUGGGAUCAGAUAACUUGUCGACACGAAAAAAUGCUAUCUACAGUGGGCUUGGCCUUGAUACCACACCGUCUUCCUCACUAGAUGAUAGCCCUUCAGAGAGUGAAGGGAUAUCUCAUGAGCCUCGAGAUGCCCCAUUUGAAUCUCCCACCAGUAUUCUUCAGAUUAUGACAUCCUUUCCGGUGCAUGAGGAUAUGAUGUCACCUCUUCAUGACGACCUCAUUUACUUGAUUGAAAAGGAAAAGCUUCUAAAAGAGGGUACAGCGAGUGGAACUCAUACCAUGGAGGGUGGUGAGAAAGUAUCAAGAGCAAGGAAAACAAAAUCGGUCGAAAGAAAUGAUUUGGCUGGAAAGGUUCAGGAAGAUAGAAAAGUAAAUUUAAGCGAUGACGUUUUGGCUCAUCCAAAGAAAGAGGGCCGUUGCAGAGGAGAGAAAACUUAUGAAUUGGUAAAAGGUGACUUAAAUGUUUCCAAAGGGAGGAAAGCUUUAAAUACUGAAAUCAUGGACCAUUCAAAGCAGAAAAUCAAUCAGAAGGCUGGAUUGCAUGAGGUGGAUGAUACAAGACUAUAUUCUGGGAAGGAGUAUCCGCUACCCGGGGAAAAAAAGAAACCGAAGGAAAGUCAGAGUACCCCAGUUGCUGAGAUGCCAAAAGAAAGCUCAAGGGUUUGUUCUUCUUCAGUGCCCAAGAUGAAGAGCACGCAUGCGAACAGUUCUAAUACUGAUCAAAGUAGGGAUACAUAUAGAGAUCUGUUUGGGGAUAUAGAUGAAAAUAACCAAAUAAAUUUAUUUGAACUUCCCCUUGAAGAGAAGCUUAAGGACACUGAUGCUGUUGCAAAAAGCACACCUGUAGUUAACAGUACAUCAAGGGAGAGACAAAAUGGCAAUAAAUUUGAUAAACCAUCAUCAAUUGCAGACUCACAUCCUAUGAUGGCUUCAAAUAUACUCCCACGUUCUGGAAAUGGGCCCGUGUCUGCUGUGCCUCCUGCUACAGGGGCUCCUGCACUGAUAAAAGAUAAUUGGGUGUGUUGUGACAAGUGUCUGAAAUGGCGGCUUCUUCCAUAUGGUACAAACCCGGAGAGCCUACCUGAAAAGUGGCUGUGUAGCAUGCUUAAUUGGCUGCCUGGGAUGAAUCGGUGUAAUGUAAACGAGGAUGAAACAACAGAAAAGACGAAAGCUCUAAUUCCACAGUACCAAGUUUCUGCCCCUGAGAGUCAAAGUAAUCUGCCUAGAAAUCCUGGUUUAAUGGAAGGAGUGGCAUUGACUAAGCCUCUGAACCCUGACCAAAACCUUGAAAAUUUUGGUUUGCCUGGCAUGCCUAGUAGUGGAAAGAAAAAAAAUGGAGCAAAAGAAUUGCCAAAUGCAACUAAUAAGGAUGGUUCCAUUCAGUUUCCAAACUCCAUGAAGAAAACCGUGCAGGCAUCAGUGAAGAGUAGAAGCUUGAAUGAUGUGAAUCAGUCUCCACUGCCAAGUGAACCUGAUUUGCAGCAGCUAAGCAAGUCCAGUGACAUGACUGUGGAGAAACGGAAACACAAGUACAGGGAGAAGCAUAGAGAUUUAGAGCCCUCUACUAGGGGAGGUGACAUCAAGAAUUUAAAGAUAAAGAGCAGAAGAGACUCCGUUCCAGAUUCUUCUCGAGCUUCCAAGAAAAUCAAGACUGAAGUUAAACAUAUUAAUGAUGAAGGAUGGACAUCAGACUACAAUUGGGCAGUUGGGGAGGUAGGUCCUAGCUCAAGUGGUGCUGCAGCAGGGAAAGAUCAAAUUAAGAAUAGGUCACAUGCUGCUUCUAUUACAAAAACAAAGGAUGAAGUUUUCUUAAAAAGUCGAUCCUUAGAUGUGGGAAACUGUGAUUCUAGAGGUAGAUCAAAAAAGAGAAAAGUGAAGGAAUCCUCUGACAUGGGUUCCCUUCCAGCUACAGGGUGUUAUGUUGAGGAUCAUUCAGUUGCUGUGAAGGAGGAGUUUAGUGAGAACGACCGCAGGAAAGAAAAGAAGGCAAGGACUUCUAAAUCUGAUGGAAAAGAGUCUAGUGCAAGCAAAGGAAGUGGUAGAACAGACAAAAAGAGCAGCCAUACAAAGAACCAACAACAUAGAAAAGAUAUUGGCAGCAGUUUAACUCACCGGAGUAGGAAUGGUAUGGAUUCCUUGAAAAAAGAUUUGGGAUCUGUACAGGUUCCUAUGGCUGCAACUUCAAGCUCCUCCAAAAUCUCUGGUUCCCAGAAAACCAAAUCCAGCUUUCAGGAAGUUAAAGGUUCACCCGUAGAAUCCGUCUCAUCUUCACCUAUGAGAAUCUUGAAUCCCGAUAAGCUUACAUCAGUAGGCAGGGACCUCAUUGGAAAGGAUGAGUCACAAAAUGCUGGUCAUUUUGCCAUAGGUAGCCCAAGAAGAUGCUCAGAUGGCGAAGAUGAUGGUGCGAGCGAUCGAUCUGCUACAGCGAGGAAGGACAAAGUUUCCACCGUGGCUUAUCAUGGGUCUCAUGAGUCUUCUGUGCUUGAUUUCCAGGACAGAGAUUCUAAUCACAUAUCUGGUGGUAAAGGUAGAGGGCAGGUUGCCCCAUCGCCGGAUAUCACAAAUGGUCUUUCUAUGAAUGGUGCUUUGGGUAAUUCAGGUCAAGAUACUGGGUGUCCUAAACCUUUGGCUUCUAAUCAAUUUGGUGGUGAAUACAGAGAGAAUGGAAAGCAUUAUAACUCUAAUGGAUCUCACCCAAGAAAGUCAGGGAAGGGAUACUCUUCUUCAUGGUUAAAGGACAAGAAUGGGAGCUUUGAAUCUGAUUUGGACAUUGGUGAGGCCAAGAAUUCUAAAGUUCUCAGUGAACAGAAGGAUCAUUCACCCUCCCAUGGAAUAAAACCCGGGGAUGGUAAAAACAAGUGUGGGUCUAAAUCUGGUCAAACUGAGAACAAAUAUGUCAGCAAGAAAGAUGUUACUGGAAAAUCUUCCUUUGAGAGCAGUAAAAGGGAAGGUCAGUCGAAUUUCGGGGGGCAUGAUGGCCCAGAUGUUAAGCCAGAAAUCAUUUGCAAAAAAGAUGCAAUUUCUACUCCCAAGCAGAAUUCGCUGCAAGAUUGUGAUGGUGAAAGGUUCUCAAAGAUUCCUUCCGGAAAAACUGAACGAGUGGAUGCAGGCUCAGUUAGGGGGAAGUCACUACCCUUGCCAACCUCUGGUGGGGCUCAAAAUGAGACCACAACCCGUUGUCCUCGACCAGCUGUGGGUUCUCAAAAAGGUAAUGGAGCAGAUAGCUCACAAGUUGAUGCCUCUGAAGGUAAUGAUGCUCUGAAGCAAAUACAAACCAGAAAGGUUGAUAAUCAGAAUGGAACUCAGCAUAUCAGUUCAAGGCAUCUUUUACAGAAUGGGCACAGUGCCAGGGAUAUUGAUGCCCCUAGUCCAGUUAGAAGGGACUCCAGCAGCCAGGCUGUUACUAGUGCUCUGAAAGAAGCUAAGGAUCUAAAGCAUCUUGCUGAUCGCGUCAAGAACACCGGGUCAACUUCCGAAAGUACGGGGUUUUACUUCCAAGCGGCUGUCAAAUUUCUUCAUGCUGCCUCUUUGUUGGAGAAUAUUGAUAGUGCCAAGCAUAAUGACAUGACUCAGUGCAUGCAAAUGUAUAGUAGCACCGCAAAACUAUGCAAGUUUUGUGCUCAUGAAUAUGAGAAAGCCAAGGAUAUGGCUGCUGCUGCUUUGGCCUACAAAUGCAUGGAGGUGGCUUAUAUGAGGGCGGUAUACUGCUCACAUGCCAGUGCAAGCAGAGAUCGUUUUGAGUUGCAAAGAGCUUUACAAUUGGUUCCUCCUGGUGAAUCUCCUUCUUCCUCUGCCUCUGAUGUUGAUAACCUAAAUAACCCCUCAACGGUUGACAAGGUUGCCUUACCCAAGGGCGUUAGCUCUCCCCAAGUUGCUGGAAACCAUGUUAUUGCUGCCCGAAACCGUCCCAAUUUCCUCCGGAUACUCAAUUUUACUCAGGAUGUAAAUUUUGCAAUGGAAGCGUCGAGGAAAUCGCGGCUUGCAUUUGCAGCUGCUAAUACAAACACGGGAGAUGCUAAGCGUUCAGAAGGUAUUUCUGCCAUUAAAAGGGCUCUUGACUUUCACUUCCAAGACGUAGAAGGAUUGCUACAUUUGGUACGGCUCGCAAUGGAUGCUAUCAGCCGGUAAAAGAGGCAAGUAGUUUUGGGAUGAUUCAACCCUCGAAGGUUUAUCUAUUGGUGAAUCCUUGGUCUCAUGCCUUAAGAAGGGAGGAAAAAGAGGCUGUCCUUGAUACUUCUGCUGAACUGCUUGGAACUUUUGUUGAGGAACUGGUUGUUUCUCUUCUUGUUUCAAGUAGAUGACUCCUAGUCAUUUUAUUUUGUGGUCCUGAAUCUGCUUGCAAGCGCUGACAGAGACCAAACAGGUUAUUCAGAUCUCAAUUAUUUAUUUUGAGGUAUUGUGAACCAUCGUCAAGUACAGCUCUGCUGAAAAGGUUCUGAGCAGCUUCUGAAGGUGGAUUUACUUCAUCAAGAAUGUGAGGAGAGAUAUAAUAGUUGUAUAUAAGGACGAGAAAACGAGUUCUAAAAUCAAUAGGGGAUUUAUUUCGAGUCUCAAAACCAGAACUUACAGCUUUGGGGAUCCUUUAUUGUUCAGACUGUUAACUUAUCUUGAUAAUCCGUUAUCUUGAACUGUGUGGAGAAGACUCUGGCAGCUGCCAGUAUGUGCGCAAACUGUCUGAUCUGAUUCAACAGAUUGAGACCAUAUCAACACUGUAGAAAAUGGUGAAAACAAUGGAAACCGUAGGUUGUCUUCACCUUUGUUGUAGUUAGGAUAUCCUCUUUUGCGUUAAUAGACACGAAAUCAGAAAAAGAAAAAAAAUACAUUAUCAGCGAAUUAUUGUCACGGUCAUGCAUGUUAGCUCCAACCUGCUGCGCUUGCCUGAGUUUCUUUCCUCAAAGUGGCUACAAUGUAUAUAUACAAAUUAUUGAAGAAUCUGCACGUGUUUCCGUCUGUAAAGAGAAGGGGAUCGGUUGGAUAUUAUUAGGUCGGUCCUUGAGAUCUAACAGGUUGAGCAGCGGGCGGGGGCGGUUCUCUAUCUAGUAGACAACUGAGUUCGAUGUGAUAUUCUUGUUUCGAGUUUUGCCGGAUGUGGGUAGUGCAUAGUUUCCGAAUAGCUAGUCACUAAACGAUUGUUUAGGUUUACACAAUAAGGUUUAGAAUUACUUCAAUAGUUGAUUACCCGUAGCGACAGCGAUAGUAAUUAUCCGGGUUUUGUCAAUAAAGCUUUGAGUUUGAAGGAAUGACAUUCAUGGCAGAAGCUGGAAGUGGAUACCUGUGUUACAACCGUUUUCAAAUAUUCGACUACUGAAUGCUGCUCAAAAUGUCGCCGGGAGCACCGAGCCUUUGAGAUUGGCAUAAUUUCUCACUUUGAUCUCUGAGAUUUAAAAUCAAUAGAAUUGGUCUCUUUUGUCUAUUGUUUAUGACAGAUUUGAGUUUUAUUGGUUUUCUAAAAAGACCACGUUUGUUACCAAAUUGCCCUUGAACACCGCCAUGCCACACCCGCCAUUUCGAGAGUUUGGAUCUGAUUUGAGUCAUCGGGUUCUCUUGGAGGCUUUGCGUCGAUGGGACUUCCAAAUAUCGCAGAUUUGAUUGCACGAGGAGCCGUUGGCAAUGCUCCGGGGAUGGAUGAACAUUUGAAGGGUGUUAGGGUUUAUGUUGUGUAGAGAGAGAGGUUAUAUAAAAAAUUCAAGUAAUGUGUA